CUGCACUACUUACUACACGUCUACCUAGUGACUGAGCAAGCUAGCUAGUUGCUUGCCAUGACGAGAGCACUGGCCUUAGCGGCCAUUCUGGCCACGGCCUUCGCCGUGGCUGCGCGCGCCGAGCAGUGCGGCUCGCAGGCCGGCGGGGCGCUCUGCCCCAACUGCCUCUGCUGCAGCAAAUUCGGCUGGUGCGGCUCCACCUCCGACUACUGCGGCAACGGCUGCCAGAGCCAGUGCAGCGGCUGCGGAGGAGGCGGCGGAGGAGGAGGCGGCAGCGGCGGAGGCGGCAGCGGCGGCGGCGUGGCGUCCAUCGUGUCAAGCUCCCUGUUCGACCAGAUGCUGCUGCACCGCAACGACGGGGCGUGCCCGGCCAGGGGGUUCUACACGUACGACGCCUUCAUCGCCGCCGCGGGCUCCUUCGACGGCUUCGGCACCACGGGCGACGCGGACACCCAGAAGCGCGAGAUCGCGGCCUUCCUGGCGCAGACGUCGCACGAGACGACGGGCGGGUGGGCGACGGCGCCCGAUGGCCCCUACUCGUGGGGCUACUGCUUCAAGCAGGAGAACGGCGCCACCUCCGACUACUGCCAGGCGAGCAGCCAGUACCCCUGCGCCGCCGGCAAGAAGUACUACGGCCGCGGACCCAUCCAGAUCUCCUGGAACUACAACUACGGCCCGGCGGGGCAGGCGAUCGGCGUGGACCUGCUCAACAACCCGGACCUGGUGGCCACGGACCCUGUGAUCUCCUUCAAGACGGCCAUCUGGUUCUGGAUGACGGCUCAGUCGCCCAAGCCGUCGUGCCACGCCGUCAUCACGGGCCAGUGGAGCCCCUCGGGCGCCGACCAGGCAGCGGGGAGGGUGCCAGGGUACGGCGUCAUCACCAACAUCAUCAACGGCGGCCUCGAGUGCGGCCACGGCGCCGACAACCGCGUCGCCGACCGGAUCGGGUUCUACAAGCGCUACUGCGACAUCCUCGGGGUCAGCUACGGCGCCAACCUGGACUGCUACAACCAGAGGCCCUUCAGCUGAUCAAUUCCAGUUAGUUCACUGUAAUAAGAGCUCUCUACCCAGCUAUUACAGAGACAGAUAAGCUCGGGUCAUCAAAUACACUAAUAAUGGAUCUGCUGGUCCGACAGAAACUUACGAAAUAAAAGACUCGUGCAGAAAUAAUGCAUUAUGUUAUGGGAUAUAUACAAUAAAAAAGAUGCUUAUUAAUUAAGAUAUCCUGUCACGUUUUUGGGCA